CGAGCAUCCUCGGUAGUCGCUCGCCCCCUGCUCCUCCUCACAUCGCCGCUCUCCCACGCUUUUCCCCACAUCGCUGCCUUCGUGCUCGCCUAACCUGUUCGUGCCCUCGGCUCCUCCGUGCCGCGCUGUGUCUGGCUUUGUGUCUCAACCUCUCGUGGCGCCGCCGGCCAGAUCCGUGCUCAUCUCCGCUCAGAUCCGCAUCCUUGUGAGGUUUAAUGAAGAGGCUUGCGAUCUGCAUCUAGGUUUAUGCAUCAGUUUCAUGCCUCUUAUUGUUGUAGUUUAUUGAACUUUCGACUUUCCUGACAUGUUUAGUGAAUAUAUUCUUUAGUCUUGAGUCUAAGAUUUAUGAGACAUUAAUUGGGGUUUGAGGAUAAGAAAUAAAGAUGGCUGAUAAAUUAUGCCUGAACGAAGAAGAAAAGGCUAUGUUCGAAUCUGUGUUGGGUGCAGCAGCCACUGCGUUCUUUGUUUCGGCCGUUUCCAAUAAUGUUUUCUCCGACCUAAUUGUUCCAUCUGGAGGUGAGUUGGGUCUCCAUUCCAGGUUGUCCCAGAUUGUUGAAGUGUCCAAAUGUACCUAUGCCAUCUUUUGGCAGGUGGUGGGCUUGAAAUCUGGUGGCUCUGCGUUGGUCUGGGGUGAUGGAUUUUGUCGGGAUCCUAAAGGGGGUGAUCUGAAUGGAGCUGGCAAAGAGAAGGAGGAGGUGAAAGGCCGAGUGUUGCAGAAGCUUCGCACCUGCUUUGGUGGGCCAAAAGAGUCUGAUUCUGCAAGAUUGGAUAGGAUCUCAGAUAUGGAUAUGUUUUACUCAACUUCAAUGUAUUAUACAUUUGGUUUUGAUUCGCGAUAUGGCCCUGGAAGUUCCUUCAAGUCUGGUAAACCAAUUUGGGCUUGGGACUUUUCUCAUUGUUUAAACCAAUACGAAUCGAGAUCGUUUUUGGCAAACUUGGCUGGUUUUCAAACAGUUGCUUUUAUACCUCUGAAGUCUGGGGUUGUUGAACUUGGUUCAAAGGAAGUGAUGCCUGAAGAUUUUAAUAUUUUGGAGAUGGUCAGAACAGCCUUCGGAGAACCUAAUUCUGGACAGGCAAAGGUGUAUCCCAAGAUUUUUGGGCGUGAGCUAAGCCUUGGGGAUGCAAAAUCUCAGUCCAUAACUAUCAGUUUCUCCCCCAAGGUGGAAGAUGAUUCUGGUUUCACUUCAGACUCUUGUGAGGUACAAGCACUGGGGACUAAACAUGUUUUUGGGAAUUCUUCCAAUGGAAACAUCGCCGAUAGUAGUGAAGCAAAAUUGUUCCCACAACUGAAUCAAAUGAUUGGUGGGAAUUUCAAUGCUCAAGCAAGGGUUUCCUGUCUGGACCUUGGUAAUGAAGACUUGUCACAUCAUCCAGAUGAACGGAAGCCCAGAAAAAGAGGGCGGAAGCCUGCCAAUGGUAGAGAGGAACCCCUAAAUCAUGUUGAAGCAGAGAGACAGAGACGGGAGAAACUUAACCAGAGGUUUUAUGCCUUAAGAUCUGUUGUUCCUAACAUAUCCAAAAUGGACAAGGCAUCUCUGCUCGGUGAUGCCAUUACCUACAUCACUGAUCUGCAGAUGAAGAUCAAGGUGUUGGAAGCAGAGAAGGGUUUGUUGAACAACAAGGAUAAGCAGCUGCCAUUGCCAGAUAUUGAUUUUCAGGCCAGACAGGACGAUGCUGUUUUGAGCGUGAGCUGUCCAUUGGAUACCCAUCCUGUUUCUGGGAUUGUUAAGACUUUUAGAGAGCAUCAAAUUAUACCUCAAGAAUCCAAUGUUUCAACUGCUGAUGAUAAGGUCAUUCACACAUUCUCCAUAAAAACUCAUGGCGGGGAGAAUGCUGCUGUACAGUUGAAGGAGAAGCUCGAAGCCUCCCUGUUCAAAGACUGAGCGAUGUCAUAUUUUCACCGAGCUACUUAAUGCAAACCACGCUAAAAUAUUGUAUGCUUUGUCUUGUAGUCUGAUAUAAUAUUAGCAUAUUUUUAGCCAACAUUGUUAACUGUUACCUAAAGUUAACGUGGGGCGGGGAACUCUCUGCACUCCACUAUGUGAGAACUAUGAGUAGUCCAUCUGUGGUCUCAAUUAUGUAGAUUUGAUAUAUAGAAGAAUGAAUGCAUAGUACGAAUUAAGAUUGGCAGGCAGAAUUUGAAGC